AUGGAUUCCAUCAAGCUGAAGAAAAGAAAAGCAAGAGGCCGACUACCGGAACCGGACGGUUGUUGGCCAAUAGUCGGACACCUCGGUCUGCUGACCAGAAGCACACCUCUCCAUAGAACUCUUGCUGCUCUUUCAGAGAAGCACGGGCCUCUCUUCAGUCUCCAACUGGGACAAAGGCGUGCCAUUGUGGUGAGCAGCACGGACCUGGCCAAGGAGUGCUUCACUGUCAAUGACCGAGCCUUCGCCGGUCGGCCACAGCUAGAAGGUUGGAAAUGCCUUGGCUAUGAUCAUGCCACUUUCGCAUUCAUCUCAUACGGACCUCACUUUCGUGAACUCCGCAAGAUCGUCGCCACCGACCUGCUGUCAAGCCAGCAACUCGAGCUGGUCAAACACAUCCGGGUCGAUGAAGUAGGCUCCUUGGUGCGGCGUCUGUAUGGCAGUUGCAGCAACCAUGAUCCGGUUGAGAUGAACCAGCAUUUGAGCUGCUUGGCCAUGAACAUCGUCCUCAGGAUGGUCGCCAGAAAACAGUACUUUGAUUUAGACGGUGAAGGAAAAGAGUUUAGAGAAGCUCUGGCUGAGUUUAACAAUCUAGUUGGUACGUUCACCGUCUCUGACGCAAUCCCCGGGAGGCACCGCCAGAAGGAGUCCAGUAGCGCCGGCGAGGAGAGAGACUUGAUUGACGUGCUCAUUAAAGAAUUAGAAGAUGGCCACUUGUCCGAAAAUCAUCAAACUGAUGCCAUAAUUAAGGCCACCGCUACGGUUUUGGUAGUAGCCGGGACCGAGACCACAGCAGUCACACUUGAGUGGGCUCUCUCUCUCUUGCUAAAUAACCCACAUCUCCUAAAGAAAGCCCAUGAUGAGUUAGACUGCCACAUCGGCAAAGAGCGACAAGUGGAUGAAACAGAUGUCAACAACUUGCCUUAUUUGCAAGCCAUAGUCAAAGAGUCAAUGCGCCUAUAUCCAAUGGGACCGCUUUUGGUCCCACAUGAGUCAAUGGAAUCCAUUCAACUUGGUGGGUUCGAGUUGCCGGUUGGCUCAACUCUGUUUGUUAAUGUGUGGAAGAUUCAUCACGAUCCGACAUUGUGGAUGGACCCAGAAGAAUUCAAGCCAGAGAGGUUCUUGAGCAGCUGCAAUGAGAUGACCAGCUUUGGUGGUCAGGACUUUGCGUUCUUGCCAUUUGGAUCGGGAAGGAGGAUCUGCAUCCGCUGGCAGAUGGCCAUGCAAGUUCUUCACCUAACUGUGGCGCGCUUGCUGCAGAGCUUUGAAUGGUCUACACCCAUGAAUGAGCCGGUUGACAUGACCGAGGGACAUGGCCUAGCCCUGCCCAAAGCAACUCCGCUUAGUGCUUUUGAGGCCCCGUCUCCCUCCCCACCUCUAUUAGUUACUUGUUUUUAGUGUAUGCAAUAACAUUACUGAUGAUAUGGCAGGCUUAUGGUUUCAUUUUUUGAACAAAUUUUCAGUGCAAUUAAAAAUGAAUAAUGUGGUGAUAAGAAAUUAGAAUGUUAGACAAAAGGAAAAUUCUAGAUGUUGCUUGUUAAUCGAUCAUGUUGGGGUGUCUAAAUAGGUAAUGAGUUUUAAGGAACAUAGUGUAGCUGGUUGGAUUAGUGGAUCAAUAAAAUCUUAGUUAAUUGCA